AUGUUCAAAAAAAGAGCAAAAAGAAUUCGAACUAAAAUUAAUGAUGAGGAAGAAAUCAGCAUUGAUGCCAUACCUGCUGUAAAUUCAGAAACAGAAAAGGAUCAAAAGAAAAAAGUUAAAGGGAAGACAAAAGAAGAACAAGAAGAAGCCUUUCAAAUAACAAAAAGUGCAGCGAGUCGUCGACUUACGAAAUCAAAAUCCAAAAAACUUCAUCUUGAUCAUAAAUCAAUUCCUCAAAAUUCAGAUCCAAUCAUCACAUCUUCCUAUACCGAAGAAAUUUUAUCAGAAUUACGUGCCAAUACACCAGCAACGCCAGCCUCCUUUCAAUCUCAAGAUAAUAUUGGAGAAAAGUUUCCACUGACUCUUGAUCCUAACUUUGAUAUACCCGAUGCUGGAGCUAUUAAUGCAGCUAAAAAAGAAAGGGAGAUGCGACGAAAGAAGGGACUAUCUGAUAUUUUAGAAUAUAUUCCAUUAUCAGAGGACACGGAUGUUAUAACUUCAUCAGGCAAAAAAAUGGAGUCAAGAUUGGUUCGAGAAGAGGACGAGUUGGGUGAAGCAGAUGAAGAACUCGAACAAUAUUUGAACGAAAAAUUGGCUAUUGGAAAAAAGGCCAAAAGAGAACAGGAACGACUUAAAAAAGUAGACAUUGAAGAAAUGAUCAUGGAUGUAAAUUUUGAGGAAGAGGAUGUUGAAUUAUUGCAGCGGGAGUUUGAAGCCAUGAAAGCAGGUGGACACAAUCCUAAGAAAUCUUCAAAACGAAAAUUCGAUAAAACACAACCGAUUGUGAGGGCUAGAAUGCCCAUUAUUGUUCCUGUACCUACGUUAAAUGAGGUUCAAUCGACUCUGGAAAGUCAAUUGAUGGAUCUACAAGUUCUGCAUAGUAAUCAUCAAGCUGAACUCAUCCAAAUACAAAAAGACAUCGACAGCCUUACAUCCUCUAAUACACAAAUAGAGGUUGAGAUGCAAAAUACGAAAAAACGAUAUAAUUAUUUUCAAGAUCUUAAAACAUUUGUCGAGAAUCUUGUAGAAUUUCUUGAUGAUAAGUUUCCAACACUAGAGAAACUCGAAAAUGAUUACCUGGAAGUACUUACUGAAAAGUCACAACUUAUUAUGCAAAGAAUCAUCAAAGAAGAUUCUGAAGAUAUCGCAUUAUUUAUCAAUAUGAAUAUUAAAGGUGAACAGAUUCAGUCUGAUGAAAUUAAGGAAGAAGGAUUUUCUACAGAUGAAGAAUUUUAUGAUAAAGAAAUUGAAAAAGAAAUUUAUGGAAAAAUAG